CCUUUUUCAAUUUUGGGUAUUUUCCUUAAAUCUCUCUCCAACGAACAACUCAGCCCCAGUGCGAUUAUCAUAAUCCUUCAUCGACCCCACUAACCGUCAGCUUAGUUAUUCAAUGUGAAAACUUCAGUGGGUCCGUUUCCGAUUCUUCUCCAAUUUCUUCUUUUCAUUAUUGAUUAAUUUUUCACACCCACCAUUGAAUUGAUCGUGGUAAUGCCCGUGUACUUGCUUUUUCUUCGUCUUCCUUCAUUUCCACUCCACUUAUAAACGUAACGCGAGCUCUAUCCGUCUUCAUCAUUGUGAAAGGAACAGCCACAGUUCCAUCGAUUUGAUUAUUUCGUGGCGUUUGAAAACUUUCUUGUUCGCUCAAUUGGCUUCAGGAUGAUCAGAAGAGCAGAUUAAGGGCUGAUUGAUCUAUUUGGUAGAGUGCGAUGGAGCUAUCUUCUCUGUUUGAUCUUACUGUUCGGAGAUCAUUGGGAACUAUCUGGUUGUGUAUUUAUAUGUUAGUGCUUCUACAAAGUAAUAGAAGUGUGCUCUCAGAAUCCAAAUAUCUAAUUGGUCUUGGAAGCCAUGACAUCACUGGACCAGCAGCAGAUGUCAAUAUGAUGGGAUAUGCAAAUGCAGAACAAAUUGCAUCUGGAGUUCACUUUAGAUUACGAGCUCGUGCAUUCAUUGUCGCAGAGCCUCAAGGAAAACGGGUUAUUUUUGUAAAUCUUGAUGCUUGUAUGGCCUCACAGAUUGUGACAAUUAAGGUGCUUGAGAGAUUGAAGGCAAGGUAUGGGGACUUAUACACUGAAAAGAAUGUUGCUAUUAGUGGAAUCCAUACCCAUGCUGGGCCAGGUGGUUAUCUCCAGUAUGUUGUGUAUAUCGUGACAUCUCUUGGAUUUGUGCGCCAGUCAUUUGAUGUACUUGUGGAUGGUAUCGAGAAGAGCAUCAUACAAGCUCACGAAAAUCUCUUGCCAGGAUCAAUUUUAAUAAAUAAGGGAGAACUCAUUGAUGCUGGUGUGAACCGCAGUCCGAGUGCUUACCUAAAUAAUCCUGCCUCUGAGCGCAGCAGAUACAAAUAUGAUGUUGACAAAGAAAUGACUCUUUUGAAGUUCGUAGAUGAUGAAUGGGGUCCUGUGGGUAGCUUCAAUUGGUUUGCAACUCAUGGAACUUCUAUGAGUCGUACGAACUCACUAAUAAGUGGUGAUAACAAGGGUGCGGCUGCAAGAUUUAUGGAAGAUUGGUUUGAGCAAAAGGGCACUGGAACCAUGCACCCUGGUGAAUCUGAAGUGGAUAGUAUUCCACGCAGGGUCUCAAACAUUAUUCCUGAAGUAUUUAAAAACAAGCAGGAGUUGUUGGAACGUGCAGCAUCGUUUCAGUCACAACCUGGUAGACCAGCAACCAGGAUUCUUAGCGUUUCAAGGCGUGUUAGAAAUGUUCUCAGGCAGGCCAAUAGGCCUCAGUUUGUAUCUGCUUUUUGUCAAUCGAACUGUGGUGAUGUUAGCCCAAAUACUCUUGGGGCAUUCUGCAUAGACACUGGACUACCAUGUGACUUUAACCACAGUACUUGCGGGGGAAAGAAUGAGCUAUGUUAUGGACGUGGACCGGGCUACCCUGAUGAGUUCGAAAGUACACGUAUUAUUGGUGAGAGGCAAUUCAGAAAAGCCGUGGAUUUAUUCAGUAAAGCAUCGGAGCAGCUCACAGGAAAAGUGGAUUUUCGUCACUCUUAUGUAGACUUCUCCCAGCUUGAAGUGUCUCUUAGCAAACAGGGAGGAGCCACUGAGGUGAUAAGAACAUGUCCUGCUGCUAUGGGGUUUGCAUUUGCAGCUGGGACAACUGAUGGACCUGGAGCAUUUGAUUUUAAGCAAGGAGAUGAUAAGGGCAAUGCUUUUUGGAAGUUGGUACGCAAUUUGCUUAAAGCACCAGGCAACGAACAAAUUGCUUGUCAAAGUCCCAAGCCCAUUCUGCUUGACACUGGCGAGAUGAAGAUACCAUAUGACUGGGCUCCUUCAAUACUUCCAAUUCAAAUUCUCCGCAUUGGGCAGCUUGUCAUUCUUGGUGUACCAGGAGAAUUCACGACAAUGGCGGGGAGACGGCUUCGGGAUGCUGUAAAAACAGUGUUAACUACUGGAGCCAAGAGAGAAUUCAAUGGUAAUGUUCAUGUUGUCAUAGCAGGCUUGACUAAUACCUAUUCUCAAUAUGUUACCACAUUUGAAGAAUAUGAGAUGCAGAGAUAUGAGGGUGCCUCCACAUUGUAUGGUCCACACACAUUGGAUGCCUACAUACAAGAGUUCAAGAAGCUUGCUCAAUCCCUCAUUGAUGGUAGGCCUGUUGAGCCAGGGCCACAGCCCCCUGAUCUUCUUGCUAGGCAAAUAAGCCUGCUUACACCAGUUAUCAUGGAUGCGACUCCUAUUGGAGUGAGUUUCGGGGACGUGAAAUCCGAUGUUCCCCUUAACUCCACCUUCAAGAGAGGUAACUUGGUGACUGUAAGCUUCUGGUCUGGAUGCCCUCGAAAUGAUCUGAUGACUGAAGGUACAUUUGCUCUCGUCGAAAUCCUCCAGAAGAAGGAUACUUGGGUUCCAGCUUAUGACGACGAUGACUUCUGCUUACGCUUUAAGUGGUCGAGACCUUCUCGACUUAGUCCUCAAAGUUAUGCAACCAUAGAGUGGAGAAUACCGCAGACCGCAGUGUCGGGUGUCUACAGAAUCAGACAUUUUGGAGCAGCAAAAAGUCUCUUGGGAUCGAUUCGACAUUUUACAGGUUCAUCUAGUGCAUUUGUUGUAGCUUGAGAAUGUAUGAAAAAUACUUAUGCUGGUAGGGAGGGAUGUUGAUUGUCUGCCUAAUUUAUUCACGAGUUAAAAGUUAAUCUUCUUGUGGCAUUUGAUUGAAUUUUGAAUCAUGUAGAUAAUUUAUUCACGAGUUAAAAGUUAAUCUUCUUGUGGCA